GCUUAGUGGGGGCAACCCGGAUGUACCUGUUCCAGCUCUUUAGUCGUUCGUCUGAAGUGUUAGGGGAGGUUUAGUGUUUGCUGUUAUUUCCGAAUGUUGAUGUGUUGUUUAUUUUUUUCUGGCUUCGUUUGCUUUGACAGUGGUGGUUAUGGACUGAUUUGAGAACCCUACGCAUAACGCACAUUAACAACAAGACGAUGUUCGGCCGGUCUCGAAGCUGGGUGGGAGGUGGUCAGGGAAAAUCGAAAAGCAUUCACUCUUUGGAUCAUCUGAAGUAUAUGUACCAUGUCCUAACUAAGAACACGACAGUGACUGAUCACAACAGGAACCUGCUUGUGGAAACGAUUCGGUCUAUUACUGAAAUUCUUAUCUGGGGAGAUCAGAAUGACAGCUCUGUGUUCGAUUUCUUUUUGGAGAAGAAUAUGUUUGCCUUCUUUCUGAAUAUCCUCCGACAGAAGUCUGGCCGUUAUGUGUGUGUUCAGCUCCUUCAGACACUGAAUAUACUUUUUGAAAAUAUAAGCCACGAGACGUCUCUUUAUUACCUCUUGUCCAACAACCAUGUCAACUCCAUUAUUGUCCAUAAGUUUGAUUUUUCUGAUGAGGAGAUUAUGGCUUAUUAUAUCUCCUUCUUGAAGACCCUGUCCCUGAAACUCAAUAACCACACCGUGCACUUCUUCUAUAAUGAGCACACUAAUGAUUUUGCCCUGUACACGGAGGCCAUUAAAUUUUUCAACCACCCAGAGAGCAUGGUGAGAAUUGCUGUCAGGACAAUCACCCUUAACGUUUACAAAGUGUCAUUGGAUAAUCAGCACAUGCUUCACUACAUCCGAGACAAGACCGCGGUCCCCUACUUCUCCAACCUGGUGUGGUUCAUUGGCAGCCAUGUGAUCGAGCUGGACAAGUGUGUGCAGACCGAUGAAGAGCACAGGAAUAGAGGAAAGCUCAGUGACCUUGUAGCGGAGCACCUGGACCACCUACACUAUCUUAAUGACAUCUUGAUCAUAAACUGCGAGUUCCUGAACGACGUGUUGACAGACCACCUGCUCAACAGACUUUUCCUGCCUCUGUACGUCUACUCGCUGGUUAAUCACGAGCAGGCCAAGCCUCUCCCAUUGGUAUCCAGACACGCCCCCUGUCCUUUUCUUCAUCUCUCAACAAAACAGCUCUCACAGUCAGAAGAUCGAAAGAUAAGCCCCCAGGUGUCUCUUUACCUCCUGUCACAGGUGUUUCUUAUAAUACACUACCAACCAUUGGUCAGUUCCUUGGCUGAUGUCAUUCUGAACGGUGAUCUGUCAGUGUUCUCGGUCCAAGCAGAGCAAGCUGCGCAAAAGAGCUGUUCAAACAGUAGUAUCCGCCGUUUCACAAAGCCUGCCGAGAGCUUGGAGCAGUCCUUGGAAAUUAAUCGACAAAGAGGAAGAAAGAGACUCCAGAAAAGACCCAACUACAAGAAUGUAGGCGAGGAAGAGGAGGAAGAGAAAGGUCCCGAGGAAGCACAGGAAGAACCUGAUAAAGCUAAAGGCCCUGAGAGUUCAAAGGGCAGCAAGACCAGUGGCGAAACAGAAGAAAUUGAAAUGGUGGUGAUGGAGAAGUGUAACAUUUCAGAGAUGACGGGGCUGACGGAGCAAAACACAACCGAUGAAGAGAAGAGCGCCGCAGCAGCUGCAGGAGCUGACAGCCUGAGGAGCAGGCCUUUUCUGGACAUGGUGUACAAUGCGCUGGACUGCACUGCUGAUGAUUACUACGCUCUCUUUGUCCUGUGUCUGCUUUAUGCCAUGUCCCACAGCAAAGGGAUCAACCCACAGCUUCUGGAGAAGAUUCAUCUUCCUGGACAACAGGUGGAGAGGAGCUCAUACAGUCAUGUCCUGGCAGAGAGACUUAUUAGGGUGAUGAAUCAGGCUCCUCAGCCAGAUGGAAAGGUACGUCUGGCCACUCUUGAACUUAGCUGUCUGCUGCUGAAACAGCUGGUUCUGUCUGAAAGUGGGUGCAUCAUCAAAGACAUUCAUCUCGCCUGCUUAGAGGGUGCCAGAGAGGAGAGUCUCCACCUGCUGCGGAGGUUUUACAAGGGUGAAGAAAUAUUCCUUGAUAUGUUUGAAGACGAGUACAGGAGUAUGACGAGCAAGCCUCUGAACGUGGAGUACCUUAUGAUGGAUGCUUCCAUUCUUCUUCCCCCCACUGGCACGCCACUGACUGGCAUCGACUUUGUGAAAAGGUUACCCUGUGGAGAUGUGGAGAGGACAAGGAGGGCGAUCCGUGUCUUCUUCAUGUUGCGCUCGCUAUCCGUACAACUCCAGGGUGAGCCGGAGACCCAGCUCCCUCUCACGAGGCAGGAGGACCUCAUCAAAACCGACGACGUGCUGGAUCUGAAUAACAGUGACCUGAUUGCCUGUAUGGUUGUGACGAAGGACGGUGCUCAAGUGCAGCGUUUCCUGGCAGUGGAUGUGUACCAGAUGAGUCUCGUGGAACCUGAAACUAAGCGUCUGGGGUGGGGAGUGGUGAAGUUUGCUGGCCUGCUGCAGGACAUGCAGGUGUCAGGGGUUGAGGAUGACAGCCGAGCUCUCAGCAUCAUUAUCCACAAACCCACCUCCAAUCCCCAUGCAAAGCCCUUUCCCAUCCUGCAAGCUAAUUUCAUCUUCGCCGACCACAUCCGCUGCAUCAUUGCCAAACAGAGGCUUGCCAAGGGCAGAAUCCAGGCCCGGCGCAUGAAAAUGCAGAGGAUAGCUGCCCUGUUGGACCUCCCCGUCCAGCCCUCGUCGGACAUCCUGGGCUUUGGGCAGAGCUCGGCCGCCACCGCCCAGCCCCUGCCCUUCCGCUUCUAUGACCAGGCCCGGCGAGGCCUGAGCGACUCCACGGUGCAGCGCUCCGUCUUCGCCUCCGUCGACAAGGUGCCAGGGUUCGCGGUGGCCCAGUGUAUCAACCAGCACAGCCCAUCUCCUCUGUCCUCUCCCUCGCCCCCUUCCAGCGCCAGUGGCAGUGGAAGCACAGGGCGCUGUGACUCUGUCACUGCCAGCACCAUUUCCACCCCUUCUGCGGCCCAGAGUCCCUCAGAUGAUCCCACGGUCCAUCAGCCAAGCCAGCCUCCUAUUCCUGAUGCAGUGGCGUUUGUCGAUGAGUCUGGUUCUUCACUUCCUGUUCCAGGCAAAGGUCACGGCCGGCCUGCCGACCUGGACGUGCCCCCUAACCCCACCCUUGCCCCCAGCCUGACCCCAGCCCACCAGCCCACCAUUUCGCUCAUCUCGGACGCCAACACUGACGCCCUCAGCGUGGAAUCUCUGACUCUCCUCCCACCUGCCGCCCCCCCCCGGCUUCUCGGCCUGAGCACCCCGUCUUCCACGCAGCCCGAAGUCCCCGAGAGGCCUGGCGAGCAGGAGCCGGCACCUGAAACGCAGAAGGAAGGACAAGUCACUGCUGCAGCACUAACGCAGGAGCCCGUAGACGGCCAACACCACCUGCAGGGCUAGGAAUCUGCCAGGUGCCUUUCUCAAUCUAGGCCUUGUGACGUUGAAACUAGGGCUGUCCCAUUUCAGGUCUUCAUGGUGUAAAUAGACAUCAGUCAUGUAAAUACAUUACAGAAAGGAUAGAGACAUCUACAGCAUUGUGGCUUGUCUGCUUCGGAAUUUACCUUGUGGCUUUUUCACUCGAGACUUUUUUUUUUGAGACAAUGAAGGCUUGUGCUGUGUUCUACUGUACUUGCACAUGAAGAAAAUUCUUUGUCUGCACCUUUGAAAGCUUUGCAGGUAGUGAAAGACGAAACGGAUCCGAGUCCACGUGCACCUUUUAUCCCAAGGAAAAUGUUGUGAAUUUUUAUUGGUUUGUGUGUGUGAAAGCACAUUUACAUCUUCAAGCAUACCUGUCAUGUGGAGAUGGGAGAACAUUUGCCUGCACGUUGUUAUAAAUGAUAAAGUGCGGAAUGUACCAUUACAAACCAUAUAGAAUUGCAGAGUAAUUCCUGUAAUUCGGGUGAAUAGGACUCAUUUCAAAUGAGAUGCAUUCUGAAAAGCACUAAGUAUGUGUGGAAGCAGUUCAUGGAAAUAGAAAAAUAGAAAUGAUGCUGACUUGCACUAGUUAGUUCCCUUGUAGUGUACAGGCAGCAUGAGUAAAAAUGAUGAGGUCUACACAGUGAGUGGUCAAAUUUAGUUUUUUCUAAUUACACUUGUUUACAGAAACAAAGCCCAAUAAUCUAACUCUUGGUAGAACCACAUAAAUACUAAAAAAAAAAACAUCUUUGUUUAAUCUUUUUACCUCAUUUGACUUCAUAGGUCUCAUUAGAUGCACAAGUCAGCAGUAGAAACGGUGGCGAUAGACCAUGGACCCUUGAUUACCCAUGACUCCAAGACCAGUCCUUAGACCUGAACCCUCUGUCUUUUGCCACAGUACAUUUUCAUGGAUAUAAUUAUGUUUGUGAACCAUAAGGUGUUCUCACCAGGGAGAUGCUGCAUACUGUAACAAUUCUAGGUGUUUUACUGUUCCGCUUAUUGGCAGUAAUAAUAAUAACCACUGGUGGUGUGACUCCUACUUUCCAGCAUGAGCAGAUGCUGACAUGAACUUUGAGACUCAAAGUCCAAGAUUUGCUAAAGGCAUUUGUAAAGCUGUAUUUCUUCAUAAUGUCUUUGUAUUUUAUUUCCCAGACAUCUAGUAUUUUGAGAGUGCCUGGCAUGUUACAUCUGGUGACCAUCUUCAACUGCUCAUUCUUAUCACUCGAGAUACAAAAUUAUUUUUGUUUUUAAAUUGUUAAAGAUCCAGAUAAAUGGCCUCGAUAUUAAGGCUCUUGAUUUGUCAAUGUUUUCUUUCCUUUGUUUCAAAUAAACAUGAAAUAUUUCCUGAUAAGCACACACCUUUUGUUUUUUGAAGAAGUCUUGACAAGACCCCAAUGCGUAGGUACCCUAGACACUGAUGUACUCCGCGCAAAAUGAUCAGAAAGACCAACAAAUUUUGAAAUGUAUCCCCCCUGCUCACAAACCUGUCCUGGAUGUGCAUUGAAUUUGUGCACUACUAAGUCUGUGCAUCAAAAUAUCAGUGAGUACAUUCUGUGGUAAAAUUGAAAGCAAGACAUGCCCUCCAUUGCAUGAACUUUUGCAGAAGUUAAUAUUUUCUCCCUAACACCUGAUAAUCCUUUCUUGGUUGUUUCAUUAGGAGAAUGUCUACGUGUUGGGAGACACCAAAGUGCCACUUUAUACAUACAUACACAUUUCAGACAGAAAUACCUUCUCCAAUUGUAGUCCCAAAGGACUCAGUUUUCGACUCUCCGAAGAAGUUUGAGGUUAUAUUUCCAAAUGUUAAGCUCAAAAGAAUUAUUAAAUUGUACACAUAGUACCAUUUGUGCAGUGUCUACAUUGGGUUGUUUUGUAACAUUUUAGGAACAUCACCAUGUGCAUGCAGUUUACUAUUACUGCUUUUAAGGCACACUUUAUGUAAUCUGUAUUAGGCUGUUUUAUGUUGUUGGGAAAUUUGAAACAAUACUAUUCCGGUAUUGUAUACUUAAAAAUGGAAAAGCACUAGUAUUUCAUGAUUAACAUUAGUGACCUUCUUCUGUUGCCAGGUCUACAUUUUAACAUUUCUAUAAACCUUAAGCAUUUGAUGUAGCAAUUCAGUUACUAAGAAACUUCAACUUCAUUGCUUAUUAGUCCCUUGGUAACAAUUUAUCAUAACAUCUGCCAAAAGUUAUUUUAUGUAUUUUUCAAAUGCUGCUCUACAGAGGAGGUAAACUGGAUUAACACUUAUAUUUGGUGUAUAUUAAAGAGCUUUGAUAUUGGUAGACUCUUAUUUCUGUUGGUUUCAAGAAUAUCACCUUAAAGGCAAUUCUGUGUGAAAUAAGCGAAUAAGUACAGAUGGUUUGUGUCAGGUUAUGCAAAGAUGAUGUUCUGUGUGAACAAGAAAAACAGCUGUCAAUUAUUCCUGUAUAAUUAACAGUAUGACCUUCAAAAUCAGGUAUAAAAUGAAUUUACACUUACUAAGGGUUGCAUUUUUAUAUUCUGUUCAUUCGAAAUAGAGCUGAUCUCGAACUGCAUAUUUUUCCGACGUAACUUUGUCAGAAUGGUAUUAAUUAUGGACAAUUACAAAAUGCAGUUUAGGUGAACCAUUAAAAUAAGUGAAAUUAAAGCAAUACUUAAGCCAUUGUUUUAGGAACUUUUUUCACAAUAUAAUGUUUUCUUUUGCAUUUAAAGGUCAAUGAAAUGCAUUAACAACAAAGUAAGUGUACCGAGUGUGUUUCCUUGUGUACUUAUGUUCUGUAAAUGUUAAACUCCUUUUGUCUGUAAUUACGAAUACAUUACAAAUCAAGCUUGUUAAAGGACAAUUACAAUAAAUUAUUGUAUUCAGUGA